AAUAUUAUCUGUAGUUGUGUCUCCGUUUUGCUGGGUGCGUUUGAUAUCGUACGUUGUAAUUAUGAAUCUUUUCAUCGGUUUAAUUGAGUAAUAUUCAUUACGUUUGUAGUUAUUAAAAGUUAAUAAAGUGGUAGUAGUGAAAUCCUUCUGAGGAUAUUAACCAAUGCUGCUGUAUACUGAAUAUGGCUGACGAAAGACUAGUGGUCCUGAAUCGUUGUGACAACUUGGGAUUUGGAUUUUCUUUGCUCGGCGAAGCCGGUUUGCCACAUAUUAUUUACGAAAUCGAAGAAAAUUCUCCUGCAGCUCGAAGUGGCGAGGUAGAGGCGGGAGAUGUAUUGCUCAAGGUUAAUGGAACUGACGUGGACCGGUUCACUACCCGAGAAGUAUUAAAAUGCUUGCGGCUUUCAUCAGAUCCCGUCACUAUACGACUCAAAAAGGACCCACAGAUCAAAGCGAACGUGAGGCGGUAUCUGUCGGCCGCGACAGAGCGCCGCUCUAGCGCGCCGCACCCGCAACGCACCAAACACGAAAAAUCAGUGUCACCGCCAUCAAGCACUUCGAACAGCAAUUCAUCGAGCAACUCGUCGAGCAACGGGUCGGGCGGCCAGUCAGGCGACAGCUGCGACGGUUUGCUGACGGAGGAGCGGGUGGAGAGGCGGUUGCGCGUGUCGCAGCCCAAGUUCGAGGCCUAUAUGAUGACCGGGGACCUCAUGCUCAACCUGUCCCGGGUUGAGCAUCCUCAUCACAACCACCACGCGCCCACUCACAGGACACAUUAUCACAGAUACAACUCUACGCCUGCGUCGCCGAGUGAAAAUCGUUUGGCGGCUCGCGUCGAGUUGUCGCAGAGACACAACUCGUCGCCCGACACUGGCCUCGUCGGGGACCAUUCCAGUAAAUUGUUUAAUUCCCAACCCGCGUCACCGGCGGGCGGCAAUGCGGCCGCGAGCGAAGUAGCGACGCGCACGCAGCAACACAUCGUGCGGACUUCGAGGUCGGAGGAUCAUUUACAGAAGGAGUCGUCGUUGAGCGCGGUGGCGGUGGACAUGGAGGAGGACGUGACGUCAUCACUCAACACGCUGCUGGACGCGCGCCCCGACUCCGCCACGCCCGCGCCGCGCACCGACUCGGACGAGCGCGACAGGAUCGUGUGGACGUACAACGCGCCGGUGUCGCAGUGCAACGGCUCGGCCGCCACCUCCAACUCCACGUCCAUCUCCGACGGCAUCUCGCAGCGGUCAUCGUCUCCGUUAUCGCCAACGUCGGCGUCUUGGUCGGCGCUGUCGCCGCACCGGCCCGCCCUCCCACCGCACCACCACCGGGUCAACGGCGACAUGAGUCUGUCCGAGGCCGUCUCCAACAUCUCCAGCCCCGACUACCAGGACCAGGACGACAUGUUCGACACGGGACGAGAGUGUCCGAGAAUGGAACUCUCUGACCCUUCAGACUCAGAUUCGACCAUUCUAGUCUCCGAGCCUUGCCACAAGCGGGCCAAGUCUAACUCCUCGUACUCCGAGCACGGCAGUGACGUCACGCUCAACGGCGACAGCAAGGACUAUAGGAUAGUGAUACAGGUGAAGGGCCCGGAGAAGAACGCCAACGCUAACGACACUGUAAAUAAUAAUAACAAUAGCACCAACUACGCACAAAACGGCAAGGAGAAUGGGCACAAUUCACCCGAGAAUCAAGGUUAUCAGGAAUUAGGAAGUGUUUCCGACGCCGGCUCGGACGAAGGCUCCGACGGUGACUCGCUGCAUUCCUUCCACUACAGUCCGAAGGCUGUGGACAUCCCCUCAGCUGAGAGGCUCGCCAAACGCCUCUACCACCUCGAUGGGUUCAAAAAAUCUGACGUUUCACGACAUUUAAGUAAAAACAACGAAUUCUCCCGCGCCGUGGCCGAAGAGUACGUGAAACACUUCGAGUUCAGCGGCACGACGUUAGACGAAGCGCUGCGGUCCUUCCUCGCGCGGUUCGCGCUCAGCGGGGAGACGCAGGAGCGGGAGCGGGUUCUGGUGCACUUCUCGCGCCGGUACUUGGAGUGUAACCCAGGCGCUUUCAACUCGCAAGAUGCCGUACACACUUUAACAUGCGCCAUAAUGCUACUGAACACGGACCUGCACGGCUGCGGCAGCGGCACGUUCCGGCGCAUGUCGUGCGCGGAGUUCAUAGAGAAUCUCGCCGAGCUCAACGACGGCGAGAACUUCCCGCGGGACACGCUCAAGCACCUCUACCACGCGAUACGCAACCAGCCGCUGCAGUGGGCGCUGGAUACAGAGGCCGCACCCCCUAACGGCACUGAGAACAAAACCUCGGCGCCCGUCGGCAGCAACCCCUUCCUCGACCUCCCCGACCAGAGCCGAGCCGUGGAGUACAAGAAGGGCUACGUCAUGCGGAAGUGCUGCUUCGAUGCUAAUGGGAAAAAGACUCCAUUUGGUCGUCGCGGCUGGAAGAUGUUCUACUGCACGUUACGCGAUCUAGUCCUAUACCUGCACAAAGACGAACACGGCUUCCGACGGAGUCAAAUGUCGGAUAACUUGCACAAUGCUAUCAGAAUACAUCACGCUUUAGCAACAAAGGCCACAGAUUACACGAAAAAGCAACAUGUGUUUAGAUUGCAAACUGCCGACCAAGCUGAAUAUCUAUUUCAAACUAGUGACUCAAAAGAGCUCUGCUCUUGGGUGGAGACUAUUAACUUCGUGUGCGCCGCGUACUCGGCGCCGCCGCUGGCCGGCGCGGUGGGCUCGCAGCGCAAGUUCCAGCGCCCUCUGCUGCCUUGCACGCACACCAAACUGUCCAUGCGGGAGCAGCUGGCGGAGCACGAGGAGCGCGCGGCGCGGCUGGAGGAGGAGCUGGCGGCGCUGCGCCACGCGCGCGACCACCCGCACUCCACGCGCGACAAGGACCACUACCUCGUGCACGAGAUAAAGAGGUACCGCACGUACGCGUACGUGAUGCGCACGCGUGGCGGCGGCGCGGGCGCGGACGACGCGGCGCCCGCGCUGCCCGAACGGGCGGCGGCGCACGCGCAGCACCCGCCGCCCUGACGCGCCAUGGCGCUGUUCGCCGCCUGCGUGCUCUGAUGCGUCCGCUGCGACCGCACCCACUCGCUGGACUAUAGUGAAUGAUGGUACAUCUACGAGUAUUAGUUACGCUUGCAACUAGUGAUUACAUAUGUAAAUUAAAGCAUAAAACAAAAUGAGUGUGCAGUAGACCACACGACUAGAGUAAAACUUCUAUCAAAUAUAAAAACAAAGCGCCAUCUAUGAGCCUCAGGCAUAACUGCAUCGCAAUAGAUUCUGAAAUGUACAAAAGGGAUUGUUUCAAAGUUCACUAAGAACGCCAUCUACUAGCAGUUUAUUAAUAACAAAUAUUGUUUCACUAUAGGCCCGUAGAUGACAGCACGCAUCGCCUGAUUACAAUUUUAGCACACUAUUCAUCAACUUACUCCUCAAGUCGAGCGUACGUAAAGAAGUUUUAAUGCGAUGAAUCGUCGAUUCUCUUUUUAUAAACGCUAAAGCUAAAUUUAAAAAAAAAGUAUGGGAAUGACAUUUGCUAUCGAUAUGUCACGUGAUCAAGUUAUCGAUCGGAUCUGUCAUUUCCAUACAUUAUUAUGUUAGUUUUCGAAGCAUUAGCGUUUGUAGAAAGGGAAUCGACGUGCCUCAUAGCUGCAGGUCCAGGUUUAUAAUGUGUUCAUUCAUAGGAUGAUACGGGUGGCAGGGGUCAGUUUGACGAAAGUUUAAGUAGAGAUUUACGAAGUGGACAUCGAAUUAGGGAAUACCGAUUAAAGAAUCUCAGUAUGUGUUCAAUUCAAUCACUGUUUAUCUGUGAUUGUACGUUAUUCGUAGAACUUCACUAACUGGUCUACAUUUUACUAAAAAAAUAAUACGAAACUUCUUAUGCACCGUCCUAUAAUGAACAAGCUAUAAUUGAAGAAUGUAACUUACUCAAUUUAAUUUAAUGAUAAAUGAAACAAACAAUAUGAUUUUAUUUUAAAACUAAAAUGCGUGAAGUUAUGCGAACUGUUUAUCGUUUUAGUAAGAUACGCAUUAUUUCGCAGGCGCGAUGAACAUAAACAAUAACGCACAUUUAGUUUAACGCUUUGACAUGGUAGAUAGUUAUCGUAAAUGCCUACUGUGAAGUAUAUAAAAUAUGUUGCGAUUUUCACAAAAAGUUACUAUAGUACAAUUUUAUAUUAUGCACAUUGCAGGUUGGCGCCUAGUGGCGAGGCAUUGCGAACCUCUACCUUUUUAAGUCAGUUAAAUAAUAUGACUAUUCAACAUUUAGCAACAUAUAGAAUACAGCUAAAUAAACAGAUGGCAGUUCUACUACAAAUGCAAGCGUAACUAAUAUAUGUGAUAAUACUAUACAUGUGGGUCGUGCGUUUUAUAAGUGUCGCGCAAAUUUUAUAGACAGCAACUCGCCCCAAAACAUUAAAGUGAGAUACAGUGAAAAGGACAUAUUUAUACAAAAUAUAAUUACAAAAUUAUAUUGUGAAUUCUCUGUGGUUACAAAGAAUUUAUUCUCGCCAAAUUCUAAAGGAAAGUGUUUGGGACAGGUAAUCUCUUGCAAAGACUAUAUUGAGAAGUCCAAGAUGGAUGCAGAUCUACAAAUGUAAUUGUGAAUGUUAUACAAGUGAUAGUCUAUGUGAAACUAAAUAACUGUAAACAAUUAAUGGGGAUUCUUUUGUAACUGUAAGACAAACCUGUAGCCAAAAUAUCAAUAAAUGUUGACAACUGUGAAUUUGUCAACAUUUGAUUAUCAUGCAAAUAGACUUUGCCUUUUAGUCUUGGAUUCGUACACGUUAUGGUCAUUGUCUUUAAAUCGUAGACAAAGAAGUAAAUAGACAGAUAGAAAGCAUCUAUUGCAAAAAAAAACCAACAUAGUAGACAACAAAUUGUCUGAGGACUCUGUAAAGAAAUGAAACAAAGCGAUGCCAUGUUUUCAUUUUUAUUGUUUAAUGCAAUAAUGGAUUGAUAAUAUUUAAUUAAUAAUAAUAAUAGAUUUUUAUGAUUUUCUAUUAUAAAAAUAAAAAAUGUAUUGAGAAUAAUAAUAUUAUAGCCUCAAAUUUUUGCAUACAUAAAUAACCAGAUAGGUAUUCCCUGUGCUUACAAAUUUAUAUUGUAGCUUUAAUUUGUGAAAAAGUGGUUUAAAUGUCACUACACUGAUGUUAACCACUUUUUCACCAAUUUUAACUGUUACCUGCACUACAGACGUUCAGUUUUAACUGUACAGUUUUAUCUAAUCGAAAUUUCAAUGAAAAUCAAUGACGAGAAAAGUGACGUACACAACCCACAUACAAUUUAAUCGAAUUCUACUGUUCAGUUAAAACUUUACAUCUGUAGCAGUGGACGUUAGGAUGUCAAAAUCGUAUCUUUUGAUUUAUAAUGGCACGCCAAUCAGUUGUCUAUUUACUUACUCUGUCUACUCUUUUAAUGAACAGCCAUUUUCAUACCAAGCAGUGUGUGAAUGUUGUUGCAUAUGAUAUGUAACAAAAUGGAUGCAUGAUACUAUAGAUAAUUCUAUUUUGGGAAGACGCCUUGUAGCCUUAAUACAGGGCAAAAUAAAAUAUCUAUAGAUGAAUCAUAUUGAUAUUUUUUUCUUGUAAGUGUAGGUUUCUGUAGUGAUACAAUCCUAUGAAGUCAAAACUGGUAAUACCUUUACUUUGGUAAUCGUAAUUAGCCAGUCAGUAUCACUGCCAAUCUUGUUUAUAAAUAUAUAAAAGAAACACUAAAGUGGCAGUCCAACCCCACCUAAUAUGUUGCUUAGUUCUAUGAAAUGGUAAUUUUUCUAAAAUUUUUCAGCUGCAAAAGUAGACUUAUUCUCAGCCCAAAUAUUAUUUGGGCAGAGAGAAUAACACGAGCAGAGGGGGGGAAUCAAUUGUCAAGGGGUUCCUUAACCCUACGUGCUUUGGUCACAAGUCCAGGCCUCGGCUCGGAGGUGUUCUCUCUACUAAGAGAUGGACUCUGCACUCACACAGUGAAUCCAUGGAAUGCUAAGAUAUUCGUCUCAGCCCUAAUAUUAUAUGGUGCCUAUACCAAAAAACUAAAAAAGUUUUGUAUACUAGUAGCGUAACUGUACCAUCUAUGGAAUGUAACAAAUUCAGUGCCCCAGAAACAUAGUAAAUAAUUUUCUUUAUAUUGGUACAGCUGGGUUACAGUGAGCCGCUGGAUGUUUGUGGCUCGAGACUAGGAUUUGGAAGUACAUACAAGAGUAGGUUCAGCAUUGGAUGUCCAUUGGCUGAUGAUGAUGAUGAUUACUACCGAGACAAGUCUCUCAGCAUUGAAUACAUAAUAGUGCAAGUACUAUCAGGCCAAGGAUUUAACCUUUUGGACCUUUUGGACCAUGGGCAUUUUGACAGCCAAGUGGUUACGCCACAUAUGUAUGUGUGAUGUUCCUAAAGACAGCAAUGUAACAAAACUACAAAAUAAACGUUUAAUCAACUUUAUUUCAAUAACAUUUAGCGAGUCCCGUUUCCAGUCACAAGACAUAUUAACUUAGUAAGUUUUGUGUUUGGUCACAAAGAGGACUCAUGUUUUCGUGUAUGGUCGUUUGGUCUUUACUUAAGUACAAUGGACAACCACUUUUGAAGGAACAUGUAUAGAACCUUACUCUUUAAACCUCCACUUUGAGCUAAUAAUAAUCAAGAAUUGUAAGAUCUGAGCUACUGAAGCACAUAAUUAUAACAAAAUAGAGAAUACGCAUGGCCAAAUAUUUUUCAUCGACAUUUUUUAUCAGUUUAAAUUAUGAACUUUAGUUAUAGCUAUUGGUCAGAUCGUAAGUUCAGUUAAAGGGUCAAUAGAAAUCUUUGACAUUGGUGACGUCAUAGUCAAAGUUCGUUUAACGCGAUAAUAUGUUUAAAACAUGUCACAUAUGUCAGAAAGCGAUUAAAAAUAUACAUGCGUAUUCACUUUUAAAUACAUAAUAAUAAAUAUAUAAUAAACAAUACAAAAUAAAUUAGUAUUUAACAACCCUUUCACACUGGCAUUUCUUCAGGGUUCUUAGAACAUAAUUAUUCAUAUAGAACAUUCAUAGCAGACGCUGCGAAAACGUGACGCAGGCGUUGCGUCAAUGAUGAUUAUAGUGAUUAGAUUAUUAUAGUUUACACAACUUAGUACCAGAUCCGGCAUAAGAAAUAUGUACCCUCAUCUGAUAUUUAAUUGGGAUAAGAAAUAAAUUAUAGUCAAUCACAUUCACAUUGCACAUAGGUUGCGUAGUAAAAUUGCGGCCGGAUAUUAUUAAAUGAUUAUUAUUCUUUUUUAAUUUAUUUAAUCUCCCCUCUCUUAUUGGUUAAUGAAAAAAAUCGUACACUAGUAAGUAGAAUAUACUAUUAUAUAAUAUAAAGUAAAAGUUGCCUGUUUUCAGACCGCAACUGUGGGGUUGUCAGAUAUAAACAGUCAAGCAAUGUUAUUUAUAUAUCCUCAUCAGUUAUUUAAUAGCCUAACAUGUCAAAUGAAAGCUUAAUUUAACUGUAUUAGGUUACCUUUGAUCUAGUUCACGGUUUCCUAGAUUUUGUAUGAAAAAUGUGUUUGGCCGCAAUUUAACUAUGCAAACUAUUCAAUUUAACUAUGCAAACUAUAUGCAAUGUGUCACUGUGACCAUUAUCUAUCAUUUAUUUCUUAUCACAAUAACAGAUGAGGGUAUAUAUAUCUAAUUCCGGAUCUUAGACCAAGCGUGUAUAGUUGCGGUGACAUCAAUGCACUGUUAGACAAAUAGAUUUACAUAAAGAAACACCAGUGUAAAAGGAAAUGUUAUAAUUUUGUAAUUUGUGAUUAAGUAUUUUGUACAUUUAGACACUAUACUUAUAGAAUAUAUACAUACUUAAUAUUAUUACCAGGAUUUAAGUAAAACUAAAUAAAUAUCUUACAUGUGGAAAAAAAAACAAUUGGGUUAAAAAUUUCAUCUUGACAUACACUGUUAUACAUAACUUUUAUUUUAGUUAUAAAAGGACCUAUGUACUAUACUAUUAUAUAUGGCUAUUUCGAAAACAACUUCUGCAUUACUUAUACCAGCAGAGUGCGACUGCAUUCACUUAAGUAUUCUCUUGGUAUUCACUUAAGUAAUUGUUUGUAAUAAAUUUAAUAUAAAUUAAAAAUAAAAUUAUGAUUACUUAAAGUCUUAAUUGUAAACUUAGGGAACUUCAAGUUGAAUGGUAAUGUAGUACGGUAUAGAAUAUAUAUAGAAACUGUGUUGUUUCAACUUUGUUAUAAGACUGAAUGUUACAUCACGACCACAUUCCAUUGCUGUUGAGUAUGCAGUAAAUGUGUUUCGCCGAUUUACUAAAAAAGGAAAAAUCUUGUGAUACAAAAAAUUUCGAGAUAAAAUACUUACUAAAAUUAUCAUCACAUAAUGGCUUUUAACACAAAUAUUCAUGUAUAAAAUUUAUCAUAGCUUUUCACCAAUAGCAUGCAAUCUUUAACGUUUCUGAACAUUGUGCGAUAAGCUGUGCAAUACAAGCUUUUAGAUAUCAACGGUAACAUAGAGGGGCGGCGGCAGGAUAUCCGAGAAGUAUUAAAGAUUGCAUCCUACUGUACCACUUUGUGAAAUAUUCUGACAAAAUUUACACAUUAAUAUUUUAUAUUAAUUUUGUUUAAAUUUAAAUAAAGGUUUAUGGAAACCUAAAAAGUCGCUUAAACAUCACAAAGUCGAAAGUAUUUUAGGUUAAUAAUUGUGUAAUAAAAUAAUUUAUGUAAUAAAACACUUGAAUUCUGUUUUUUAGGAUGAGUAAAUAUAGACUUUCGAUUGCUGUAAUUUAGUAUUCAUUUUUUUAUCAUUAAAUAACAGGAAAUGUUAUUAUUAUUAGCGUAAAAGUUAACAAGUAGUAACAAGCAAUGUUUUGACUUUUGAGUACACACAAUUAUUAGAAUAUCAGUAGUUACAUAUAUAAAAUAUCAAAUCAUCUAGUCCUGUCUUCCUUGAGUAAUUUGCUUUAAUACCAUGAUUCAAGAGCUAACUAAGAUUUAAAACAAUCGAAUUAUGCAAUUAAAAGAAAUCAAAUUGUAUUUAUAAAUAAUAAAUGGUUAACUUACAGUGGAAUUUAGAUGCUGUAGGGGCAUCCCUAGAGGAUCAUUCAGGGGAACACUCAUCGGGUGGAUGAUUCCCUGGGGGUGCCCCUACAACGGCUAUGAAUUUCACCCCAGGAGAUCAUUCACCCGCUGAGUGUCAAAUUCUCAAAUAAAUAGAAGUAAAAUGCGACACUCAGAGGCUGAAUGAUACCCUGGGGGUGCCCCUACAACGUCUAUGAAUUCCACUGUUAAAAACAAAUAUGCUUAAAAGCAAGUAUUGUUUAACAUAUUCAUUAGUAUAGAACAAUUAGCCCCACUCUAGUGGUUCUCAACAAUAUAUUAUAAUGUUAAUCUAAAUAAAUGAUAACGGUUGAAACAUUGAUAUUUUAUAAAAAUCAAUGCCACAAAGCAAGAUGAUUUGAAAGCAUUAAAAACUAUAAUUUUACUAUUUUGCAUCUUUUAUGAAGUCUUGGCUGUCAAGCUAAAGGUAUAUUGCUUUAAUUGUUCUCUCUAUAUAACUAUUAGUUUCAUUACAAACUGAAUGAAGGUUUGUUAUCAUUCCAUGUUUUAUUAGAAUAUUGUUUAUUUGGGAAAUAAUUUAUGUGGUAUAAUAGGCUAGUUGACACUUUUUUUAAAUGGUCUUAAAUAAUUCAUUAUUGUUCUACUAGACAAAAAUUUUUUUUUUCAUAUUUUUUUGAGACGUGGUUACAUGAAAAUAUUGGUUUUUAAAUAUGUUUUUUUACAAUACGAGCCAAAACGCCUGUCGGCCAUGACAGUCUAUAUUUCAACUGUUUCAUGACGUCACUACAAGAAAUCCCAUAUAAAUGGAGCGUUUGACAAAAAUAUUAGUUAUCAAUUAGUUCGACGUUUAGUACGUCAAGGGUGUUAGUGACGUCACAAAAUGGACGGCAGCGUUUUUGACAAAAAAAAAAAUUUGAAAAAAUACGUGAUAUUUAAAUUAAGUUUUAAAAGAAAUCCACUUUUAAUAAUUGAUAUCAAUAUAUUUAGGACCCUUAUUCCAUGUACUACAUGAAAUUAAUAUUGUUUAUAUUAAAUUUGAUAUAAGUCAACUACCCUAUUGUUUAGCUUGUUUUAUAUUUUUUUCUUUAAGGCUUCAUGUAGACUCGGUAUGUUUGACUUUGGCUGAAUUUAUAACAAUAUUGUAAAUAGAUUUUAAAGUAUUGAGACUGAUAAGUGAAGUUAUUUAUUUCUUAUAUAAAUCAACCAGUGUCAAAUCUUGGGGCUCACACAAAAGCGCCUGGGAUCACAGAUACACCAUGCUAUUGUAUAGUAAUGUGUAGAAUCGAAACGGAUUCUAUGAAAGAUUUAUGAAAUACAUUGAUAGUAUUACCCUUGAUAUAUUUCUUAAAACAAGCUCUUUGUAUGUUUUAUCAUUUGCCUAGAUUACUUUAGUGAAGUUCUAUAAACACUUUGUAUAUUUUUUGUUUGAUAUGGCAGAAGUUUCAUAGAUACAAACAAGUCUUUAUUGUGUUACCAGAAAUAACAACAAAUAAAAAGUAAUUACUAACUAAAGUUAAAAUAUUUGACUUUUUUAUCUUUUUGUUAAUUAACUUCCUAAUGUUUUUGUUUAUGUGAACCAGAAUGGUUUCAUAGCCAACAAAUUGAUCUCUCUGUUAACAUGUCAUAUAUGAAGUACAAUGUUUUGGUUAACACAAUCAAGACUUGUAAUAAACAUAAAUGUCUGCUAUCUGCAUAAAAUUGUUUACAGAUUUUACUUUUUAAUUGAUCAAAUUUUACUUUUAGGGAAUAAAGAAUAAAUGUAGAUAGUGAUGGUUGAUUAUGAUUAUUAGUAUAUUAUGUAUUUAUAUGAUCAACUUACAAAUAUUUAUCACAAAAUGUAUUGAAAAAAAUCUAAACAUUUUUGUAAAACUUUAUUUUUUUCUUUUAUUUAUAAUAUGCUUUUAUUUUUUUAUUUACAAAAAAAAUGUACAGUUUGAUUAGUUUUAUUUUGUUUUAAAUAAAAAUGUUUGCCUUGAGCUUGUGAAAA